GUCGUACAUGCGUAUGAAUGAUACGGAUGAUGUGUAUCAGGAUAAGUCUGUGAAAACUGAACAGGACGUAUUAACAAAUCAUUCAAACCAAUUUGAUACAACCGAAGAAGAAUUAAAACAUAAAAAACUUUACGGUGUAUGUAAAACUUGUGGUACGUCACUUUCCGACAAAGCUUGGUGUAGAACUUGCGAAGGUCAAAAAUUACAAAAAAGGUUUGGCGAAUGGACAAGUGGUAGCGAAUAUAUCGAUGAUUUUAUUCGUAACUCUCAAACUAAACCAUUAAACAAAGAAUGUUACCUCUCAUGGAUUCCUUUUGAGAAUUUGGCUCAAGUGAAAUAUAUGGCUAACGGUGGAUUUUCAGCCGUGUAUCGUGCUUUAUGGGAUAAAUUAGAAAACAGCUACUUAAUCGAUGUUGUUCUAAAGAGGUUGCACAAUGGUUGUACUUCUGAUCCGGAAUUCUUAAGAGAACAGAUUACUAUGUAUUUAGAUGCAGCUUCGCAAAGGUCCCCCAUGAUCCGCUGUUAUGGCAUGACACAACAUCCAACGGAAGGUUAUAUGUUAGUAAUGAAAUAUGCCGAUGAAGGUGACUUACGUGGAUAUAUAAGUCUACAACAUUUACUUUGGACUGACAAAAUUUACAUGCUUCGGGAUAUCGCGAGAGCUCUAGAUUUUCUUCACUCUCGUGACUUUGUCCACGGUGAUUUACAUACUGGUAAUAUACUAAUAAAAACUUUGGAAGAAAAAAAGCCUUUCUUAAAUCUAUUGGGUAAAAGAAGAAAUCCAGAACGUGAAGCUGUUUUAGAUUUAUCAUUAGCUUAUAUUCCUAAUCUUUCUACACCAUUAUAUGGCUUAUCUCCUGAAUCUAAAGGUUUAGUUAAACAAUUGAAGGAUGCUGAUAUCUUGGCAAAAAAACAAUUUAAAAUACAAGCGGAUGCGCCUAUAUUAUUGCCGCCUCCACCUACAAUUUCGGCUUCAGUGUUUACCAGUAAGUCAUUGAAACCAUUUGUGACUGCUUCGGAUUGCCAAACUAUUCGUAAAAUUUCUUCUUCAACAAGUUCAUUGAUACAUGUUUCAUAA